CCGCCCAAUGUCCAUUAACAGUUCGUAAGAAUUGGUCCCUUCUGCUGGACACAUUCAGAAUCGCAAAUAAUCUUCUCUUCACCACAAUCCUCCCAUCAACCUCAGAGGUGGAGAAUAUUUAACAACAGUUGAGAAAUCAACAACAACAGUUAAAAUCCAGGUCCUGUUCCAUUUCUUCCAUGUCCUGCAUCAAUAACCACGCUGGGCCAACAGCGUAAGACAGCGUUAGGCCUCUGUUGUAGCAGUAGUAGCAUUAGUAGUUCAUUAAGUCUCGUUUUAGGAUAUUGCAAUUGUAGCUUGUAAGGUUUCCGUCGUCGUUGUCGUCGUCGACCAUUGCGUAGCUACGGUGGGGUACGGGGGAUUCUGUUAUAUUUAUGUUUCUGAUAUUAGUAAGCAGUGUGUGUGCCUGUGUGUGUGUGUUGGGCAGCUAUAACAGACACAGUCAUGGAUCAGGCAGGAUCAUGUAAUCGAGAUCAAUCGGACCGUCUUAAAUCUGCGCUCAAAAAGCUUUACUGUUCUAGACGGUUGGAGUUUAUCUUGUCCCCUGUCGGCACUGUUAUAGCAGCAGCAGUAGCAGCAGCAGCUCGCGAUGUUUAUUUGUUCCCCAACAUGUUUUGCAUUUUAGGUGCCACAGCCCAUCAGCGGCAAGAGUAGCGGCUGCGUCGUCUGCUAUCAUUUUGUGCCGCUCUUCCGUCUCUGUACUAAACGUUACGGCUUGUGUUGCAAUGGUAGUUGUUGGUAGCAGCGCCAAGAGGUGUUAUUACGCGAGGAUCGCCAGUCCACGUAGAACAGCAUAAAACUGAGCGAUCGAUAGCGAAAUAAAAGAAAACGAAAAGCAACAAAUCAGGAGGCAGCGAAGCGAACAAUACAAAAAAAAACUAGCAAAAGACGAUUGAUAAACUCUAAGUAUGUAGCAUAUUAAACGAUAGUUGAUCGCAGAUGGCAAAUCGGAAAAGGAUUCGCGGAACGCGCAGAAAACGGCUCGAAAAUAAGGUGGUGAAGGAUCGCUUGAUGAUGUAACAUGAGAAAAGCGUACCGAAUAAACAAGAAACCAUAAAAUCGGAUGAGUUUUGACCAAAAGGUGGAUCCCACUUAUGUGCCACCACAGCGAGAGCAGCAGCAACACCAGCAAUGGCAGCAUGUUUAGCGAAAAUCGAAAUCGAAUCCCCAUUGUUAGAUAUAUCUAUCGCUGUCAGCUAUCAGUGUGGUUUGCCCUCGAACCUCGAAGCUCUUCUUCUCUUAGCUGUACCACGCUUGAGGUCCUUCUCUUGCAACUUCUACUUCUACUUCUUCUCGUCAUCGAUCAACAAACAAUAAUUAUCCAUUAAUCGUACUAUCAUAACACUUCUCGAUGUUUCCAUGUGACGCCUAAUCAAUUCUGUACGCGCUAUUGUGCGUGAGUGUGUGUGUGUGUGUGUGUGUGUGUAUGAGCGCGCGUGUGUGUGUCGAUACAUCUAGAUCAAUAUACUAGCCAUUGCUGUGUGUGUCGCGCCAACUGCGUCAAAGUAGAAGAAAAUCCUUUCGCAUCUUAAAUCACUUCUCACGACAUUUUCUACUACUAUCUCCAACUUACUAUCGCUGAGAGUAUGUGCAAAACCUCCAAAACACACAUACGCGGUCACACAUUCACACACACACACACACAGACUCACGCACAGAUAAAGAAUGGGGAAAUGUGAAAAGAAAAUGGCACAGCAGCGUUCGAACAGAGAGUCCGAGAGGUGGCGUAGCCAGUCGUCGUACUACACUCCCACGUUUUUUAUGUGAAUACACUCGUUGUUGAAGAUUGACGCGUGAUCUCGCGGAAACGGAGCAAUGUUCAUUGUUAGACCAGCAGUUUUGCCAGAACGCGGCAACACGUUUAUACAUACACCCUCUCUACUGGAUAUACAUAACGAAUAGCUAAAGAAGAAAGUAUAUAUACACAUACUUAUACAUAUACAUAUACAUAUAUACAUAUAUAUAUUUAUAGGAGAUGAAACAAUACAAUUCCCCAACCAACCAUCCCCCCGCCCAAAAACAAACGGAAAAUGUCACCGAACAAGAACAAGAACCACAACAAAUGGGGAAGCAAGAAACGGCGGCAAGCGAUACAUCUUCCACUAUCCUCAUAGCUCUUCUUAAUCGAUGUUGAAAUUUUAGCUACUUAAGAGAAAGAGAGAGAACAAUACGGACCGUACGGUACUAGGUGAAACCUGUAGAGCUAACACCAAAGAGCUACCGCAUUAUGCCCCGCAUCGCGCUUUCAAUGAGACGAAAUUUAAACGAAACUGCAAAAAAAAACUCGAUCGAUAUCUCUUCUUCUAUCUUGUAACUUUACCCUUCUUACAAGCUCGUCCCUUUGGCGUACCUUUGCUAAAACGUUUAUCUUUCCGAAUAACAUUUUGUGAACUCAUUCUCAAAUUCUCUAAUCACUACACCACCAACCGCCAGCCAGCGGUGGCGAACGAACAACCAAUUCUACUCUUUAAGCUAACAAAGCUAAAAUUAGACUUAAGCAAAUCGAAACGGACACCGGAAGCGAGCGGAACCCAUUAUCAGGGCAGUGUUGCCAGGCCAGGCCAGGCCAACGAACCAAACACUUUAUUGCGGAAAUGAAAUGGACAGAUAACGGAGAAACUGAGAAGGGGUAGAUCUUCGCCAGACAUAUUCGCCUACUACAUAGCUUACUACACUUAACCGUUCUAAAAAUCCUUUCAUGUGUGUUUGUGUGUGAGAGAAAAAAAGAGAGAAAAAGAGAAGAGAAUGUGUGUGUGGGUGUGUGUGUGUAUGUGUGUGUCAACCAACCAAUCAAUCUUUAAUCGCGACCAUUACAUCUCAGCAAAAACUUCUUCCUCCCUCCACUUUUCGCGACUGCGAUUUCUCUAUGUGGUAGUAGUUGUAGUAGAGUACUAGCCGGCGGUUCUCAUGCGAGACGCGCGCAAGAAUCCCCAGACCCAGACCAUACUAGAGAGUAGGCGAUGCACGAACCUCAUGUGAAGCGCUGGGUGGGUUAUCCAAUUUGUAUGGAAAAUGUUCAAGCAGGCCAAGAAUGGGCGUGUAAAGUGCGUUGUGUGGGUGUGUGCGUGUGUGUUGUCGAUGGGGCCUUGGGAUGUGGCGGACUUGAGCGAGCACUGCUGCAACUGCCUAAUCCCCGGUGCCAAUUGCAAUUGCGAAUGUCAUGGUUUCGAAUGUGGUUUCGUGGCAACCGUGAUUAGGCAGAUAUUAAACGCAUUCGCUCCAUUUUUUUCCUGGCUCCCCCCAAACUCAUUCACUCGCACGCGCAUUCACUUACAACACCACGUGCUGUCGGUGUGUUUGAGGAGACGGAAAGACAACUGGAAGGUGUACUAUAAGGGAUGAUUGGAGUGGAAAGCGUGAGUGGAGUAGGAAUUUGCCAAUAGAGAUGACAGGGAAGAUGACGUAGCCAGUGUCCAGACUCAGGCAGCAAGGCGCAGGCCUGCCAGAAUGUGCGAAUGUUUAAAAUUUGUUAAAGUUUUCUGUUAUUAAACCAGAAGGAAAGAACUCGCCUAGAUGCCCCCUCCCCCGCCCCCCCCCCCCUUCCCCCUUCCCACGGAUGAGAGAAGUUAUAGUACGCCGAGGGCAUAUGCAGAAACGAUCGAGGAAGGGCAUUGGUAUGCCGUUAGUGCGGGGCAUCGAGCGAUGCCGUAAGGACAACGUUGAAUGUAAGAU